AUGCAGGCUAUGUCUAACCUAUCAAAGCAUGAAGUCUUCAUGAAAAUGGCCUUGAGAAUGGCCGAAACAGCUCUGGCUGUUGGCGAAACGCCCGUAGGCUGUGUCCUCGUAAAUAAAGAUAAAGUCAUUGGAUCCGGGAUGAAUGACACAAAUAAGUCUCUAAAUGGAACAAGGCAUGCGGAAUUCCUAGCUAUCGAAGAAGCCCUACGGAGCCACCCAAGGUCCAUCCUCCAUGAAACAGAUCUAUAUGUGACUGUCGAACCAUGUAUAAUGUGUGCAUCAGCACUACGGCAGUAUCGGGUAAGAAGCGUAUAUUUUGGUUGUGCUAACGAACGCUUUGGAGGUACUGGAGGUGUCCUUUCACUACAUUCAGAUCCUGCAAUAGAACUGCCGUAUCCGGUUUAUGGCGGUAUAUUCAGAAAAGAGGCCAUUAUGCUAUUACGGAAAUUUUAUGUGCAAGAAAACGAAAAUGCUCCAAACCCUAAAGGAAAAAAGGAUCGCAAGCUCAAGGACGAGAUAGAGGAUGCCCCUCACUUAAAAGGAAUCGAGGGGAUUUUGCCCAUAGAAUAA